GCGGUGAUUGUUGCACGUCUCCCAACUGUGAUGGCACUCUGGAAAAAAGUUCGUAUCCAAAAUGGCAGAGACAGUAUUCGGAUGCACAGUGCCACCAGGUCAUCCAAAAAGCAAAGGAACUCGUCAUAUGUUCGAGUGAACCGUGUAAAUGGAGCUCUUCACAUGGUUCAGUUGGUGCAAUAUGGUCGUCUCGAGAAAAUACUGGUUUGCUCGUUGUCAAACGACACUCAGUGGCUAGGGCUUGCUGGCAAAACUCUUCUGCUCACGCUCAUUCGACCAUGUCAGACUGAGGGUAGGGAUGCUACCAAGGAGGAAGCGCGUUAUUCAAGAAACCUUGCCAGCAUCAUCACCGACCUACGGAAUGUAAAAGGAGUUGUAGGGAGGGUCAAGAGCCGCGGGGAAUGGACUAUCAUUGACCGCAGAAGCAGUUUUGCGAAACCAGCCUUU